GUUCUUCGCCCAAAGGCGAUUAAAAUUGUUUUAUGUGACUUAGUUACACUUUAUGUAUUUGUAAACAAAGUGUUUGUUGCUUAUGCAAUACGGUAGUGGAACUCCCGAGGCAAGAUGGAGGACGCAAGGACGUGAUGUUUUUUUUUUGUAGUGUUAGCCUUAGCUGUUAGCAUUGCUAACUAGCUGUACUUUUCCUUUUGCUAAGUUAGUUAAUUGCUGCGUGUCCAUCGCUCUUACUUCCGUUAUCAAAGCCACGCACGGGACACGACUAAUACUCCUACGUGAGGUUAUAUGCAACUUUUGUGUUGCACUUUUUCAAGGAUCUCAAGUCAGCAAUAAGUUGAAGUUGUUCAGAAGAUGUUACAGAAAUGAUAGCGGCACCAGAAAUACCACCAGAGUACGCCUACGCACAGGAUACAGACACCCGAUUCUCUUCAGACACAGACUUCUCUGAGGAUCCUGAUGGAAGGGGUGCAAACUCAGCUAAAGGAAAGGGUGGAAAGAAAGGAAAGAAGACAACAGUGGAGAAAGGCAAAGGAGGGAAGGGAACAGGCCGGAUAAAUGGCCACCACCAGGAGAAUGGCAUGGAAAACAUGAUGCUGUUUGAGGUGGUGAGGCUGGGAAGGAGUGCAAUGCAGUCUGUUGUUGAUGACUGGAUUGAGUCUUACAAGCAAGACAGAGAUGUGGCUCUGCUCGAUCUCAUCAAUUUCUUCAUCCAGUGCUCGGGAUGUAAAGGUGUGGUCAGUGGUGAAAUGUUCCGCAACAUGCAGAAUUCUGAGAUCAUCCGACGAAUGACAGAGGAAUUCGAUGAGGACAGUGGUGACUACCCCCUAACCAUAGCAGGGCCACAGUGGAAGAAAUUCAAAACAAGCUUUUGUGAAUUCAUUUCGGUGUUAGUGCGCCAGUGUCAAUACAGUAUCAUCUAUGAUGAGUAUAUGAUGGACACAGUCAUCUCGCUUCUUACUGGACUAUCAGACUCCCAAGUCCGAGCCUUCAGACACACCUCAACACUGGCAGCAAUGAAACUGAUGACAGCCCUGGUGAAUGUAGCGCUAAACCUGAGCAUAAACAUGGAUAACACCCAGCGCCAGUAUGAAGCUGAGAGGAACAAAAUGGUGGCCAAAAGGGCCAAUGACCGCCUGGAGCUGCUUCUACAGAAACGCAAAGAGCUUCAGGAGAAUCAGGAUGAGAUUGAAAACAUGAUGAAUGCAAUAUUCAAAGGAGUAUUUGUUCACAGAUAUCGGGAUUCAAUAGCAGAAAUCAGGGCUAUCUGUAUAGAAGAGAUAGGAGUGUGGAUGAAACUCUACAGCGAUGCCUUCCUUAAUGACAGCUAUUUGAAGUAUGUGGGCUGGACGAUGCAUGAUAAGCAAGGUGAGGUACGCCUGAAGUGUCUGACAGCUCUGCAGGGUCUUUACUACAACAGAGAACUCAAUGCAAGAUUGGAACUUUUCACAAGUCGCUUCAAGGAUCGUAUAGUUUCCAUGACCCUGGACAAAGAGUACGAUGUUGCAGUACAAGCAAUUAAACUACUCACUCUAGUUUUGAAUAGUACAGAUGAGGUGUUGACGCCUGAAGACUGUGAGAGUGUCUAUCACUUGGUUUACUCUGCUCACAGACCUGUCGCCAUUGCAGCAGGGGAAUUUCUUUACAAGAAAUUAUUCAGCCAACGGGAACCAGAGGAGGAAGGCACACUCAAGAGGAGAGGGCGACAGAGCCCCAAUGCCAACCUCAUUAAGACCACUGUCUUCUUUUUCUUAGAGAGUGAGCUCCAUGAGCAUGCCGCCUAUCUGGUGGACUCCCUCUGGGAAUGUGGUGCUGAGCUACUGAAGGACUGGGAAUGUAUGAUUAGCUUACUGCUAGAUGACCCAUUACCAGGAGAGGAAGCUCUUACAGACAGGCAAGAAACAGCAUUGAUUGAAAUAAUGCUGUGCACUGUACGACAGGCUGCUGAAUGUCACCCACCUGUUGGCAGAGGCAGUGGCAAGAGGGUGAUGACAUCUAAAGAGAAGAAGACUCAGCUAGAUGACAGAACCAGGACAACAGAACUAUUUGCAGUGGCUUUGCCCCCUCUACUGGCCAAGUACACUGUAGAUGCAGAAAAGGUGACAAACUUGUUGCAGCUGCCUCAGUACUUUGACCUAGAAAUCUACACGACAGGGCGUCUGGAAAAGCACCUUGAGGCCCUGCUGCGUCAGAUCAGGGAGAUAGUGGAGAAGCACACAGAUACAGAAGUGUUGGAGGCGUGCUCCAAGACUUACCAUUCCCUCUGCAAUGAGGAGUUCACAAUCUUUAACAGGGUGGACAUUGCACGCUCUCAGCUGCUGGAUGAGUUGGUGGACAAGUUCAACAGGCUACUGGAAGAUUUUCUACAGGAGGGUGAAGAUGCUGAUGAAGAUGAUGCUUAUCAGGUUUUGUCAACUUUGAAGAGGAUCACAGCAUUUCACAAUGCACAUGACCUUUCUCAGUGGGACCUCUUCACCAGCAACUUCAAGUUGCUUAACACGGGUAUAGAGAAUGGAGACAUGCCCGAGCAGAUAGUGAUCCACUCACUCCAGUGUACUCACUAUGUCAUCCUGUGGCACCUGGCCAAGUUGUCUGAGGGCAGCUCCAGAAAGGAGGAUCUGGUCACCUUGAGAAAGCAGAUGAGGGCAUUCUGUAUGAUGUGUCAACGCUACCUCACUAAUAUCAACACUGCCGUUAAAGAACAGGCAUUCACCAUCCUGUGUGAUCUUCUGCUCAUCUUCAGCCACCAGAUGGUGUCCAGUGGCAGGGAACACAUGGAGCCCCUGGUCUAUUCUCCAGAGGAGUCAUUACAGUCUGAACUACUUGCUUUCAUCUUGAACCAUGUCUUCGUAGACCAGGAUGAUGACAUAAAUAGCACAGAUGGUCAACAGGAUGAUGAAGCAGUAAAGAUUGAAGCUCUGCACAAGAGAAGAAACCUGCUGGCUGCCUAUUGCAAACUGAUCAUCUACUGUGUGGUAGAAAUGAAGACCGGGGCUGAUAUCUUCAAACAGUACAUGAGGUAUUACAAUGACUAUGGUGACAUCAUCAAGGAGACUAUGAGUAAAACCCGGCAGAUCGACAAGAUUCAGUGUGCCAAGACACUCAUCCUCAGUCUACAGCAGCUGUUCAAUGAAAUGCUGUCUGAACUGGGUCAUGGGUUUGACCGGUCCUCCUCUGCCUUUUGUGGAAUCAAAGAGCUGGCCCGUCGUUUUUCUCUAACAUUUGGUCUCGACCAAGUAAAGACCAGAGAUGCCAUCGCGAUGCUGCACAAGGACGGUAUUGAGUUUGCAUUUAAGGAGCCCAGUCCUCAGGGAGACGGUGGCCCUCCCCUCAACCUGGCAUUCUUGGACAUUCUUUGUGAAUUCUCCUCAAAGCUUAUGAGACAAGACAAAAGAACUGUUCACAUGUACCUGGAGCGCUUUAUGACAUUCCAGAUGGCGCUGCAGCGGGAGGACUGCUGGCUCCCACUCAUCUCCUACAGGAAUUCUCUGCAGGCAGGUGGCGAUGACGAUACGAUGUCAGUAAUGAGUGGCUAUUCCAGCAGAGGCUCCUCCGUACGCUCGAAGAAGACCAAGCCUGCUGCUACAGCUGGAACUUCAGUGGCCAAAAGGAAGCUGCCAGAAGAGGAGAGCAGCAGCAGUGAGGUUUGGCAGCAGACCAUGCAGACCCCAGUCAUGAUGCCAUCUCCUCACCUCACCUCCACUGUCAUGCGAGAUCCGAAGAGGGGUCGAGAUGACAGCUACAUGGGCGUUUACCCACUUCCUCAUGACCAGCAGCAGGGACACCAACACCCACAGCAUCACCAACAGACGCCUCAGCACCACCAGACACCCAUGGAUUACAAUUCCCAGGUGACGUGGAUGUUGGCCCAGAGACAGCAAGAAGAGGCACGUCAGCAGCAGGAAAGAGCCAUGAACUAUGUCAAGCUCAGGACCAAUCUGCAGCAUGCGAUUCGUCACAGCACUGGGCUUAUGGAGGAAGAUGAGGAGCCCAUUGUGGAGGAUGUAAUGAUGUCAUCUGAAGGUCGUAUGGAUGACCUAAAUGAAGGCAUGGAUUUUGACACCAUGGACAUUGAUCUGCCUCCUUCUAAGAAUCGCCGGGAGAGGUCGGAGCUUAAGCCAGAUUACUUUGACCCAGCUUCGAUCAUGGAUGAAUCGGUCCUUGGGGUGUUUUAAGCUAAUAUACAGAUUUUUGACGCUGGGACAACAGAAGAGGAGCUUUGUAUUUAAAGAGAAUUUUAGAUGCGAAAAUGGAUGUUUUCUGUAAGAAAAACAAAAAUAAUAAUAAAAAAAAAUAAUAAUAAUAUUCUGGCUUGUACUCCACGUGGACCAAUGACAACCCACACUCAGUGUUGCUUGCUCAGAGAGGACUUUGUUUCAAAUAUUUACUUUUAUAAUCUUGGGUAAGCUCUUCCUGUUGAGAAAUAGUGUAACAGGCUUCUGCUUCCAAACCUCUUAGAAAUGAGACAUGCCUGAAGAUAAAAAUCCACAAUAGUUUUACCCCACUUUUUUAAAAAAGAAAAAAGAAAUGGGGAUAAAUCGAUGUGUUUAACUUAAGAAACCUUUUUGUUUAUGUCUAACCCUUUUUAUAAUUGUAGUAAGUUACCAGGUGUGAAUUAGUAAUUUAUAAACAGACUGUAGUAGCUUGCUUGUAAUGUAUUAGCCAAGUGGAUGGAGGUGUUUGUGCCCCUUCUUCUUUCCUCCCUCUUCCUCUCUCGUUUCUUUUUCCUCAUUGGGCCUAAAUGGAGGUCUGGAAAACCACUGGUGGUUAAGAUGAUGAGAUGUCAAGUAGAAUGAGUCAGAAUCCCUUUAUGCUCUGAAGAUUCCCAGAGUCUGCUGAAAGUUCUGCUGUGUUCAGCAUUAAGUUGUAGAGCUUACCCCAAGAUUUGGAGCACUCCUUAAACACCAAAUACAAGCAAAAUCUCCCCAAACCGUGAACACAAUUUCUCUCCAGUAGUACCACUGUGUGGGCUUUGGAAAAAUCAGGCUCCCUUUGGGGUCCUCUUUGCUGUAAAAAUCCAGUAUAAUGAUGUUGAAAUGGGUAUCUCUACAUGAAAAUAAAAUUAUAUAUGAAUCGGUGCUGAUUUUAUACACAUGCUUUUGGUUUUCUUACUUUAAACUUUUCAACCUUCGGUCACAAAAGUUUGAGAGAUGUAAGUAAACUUAAAACGAACGCAUGAGAAGCCAUGCAUUGAGAAAGAUUUUUAAAUUUGUAUGUUUAUUUUUUAAUUUUUUUGUCUUGAUAAUGUCUUCGGGUUCCUACGUUUUUUUUCUUCUUCUUCCUACGUGUAAAUUAGUGUGGAUAAAACUAAUGAAAAGGCUUGUGAAAUUCAGCUUUAAAUUUUUCUCAACAUGAAACGUCCUGUCACAAAAUGCUUAGAUUUCAAAUGUUAAAAAGAGAGGUAGUUGGACAAUAUUGAAGAUGAACAUUAUUCAGCAGUGCUGUGGCAGCUAGACAAAGCUUAGGGUUUUUUUGUUGUUUGUUUUGUUUUUAUUUUUAUUUUAUUUUAUUUAAUUUUUUUUGACAUAUUUGUCUCACACAAGAUUCAUUGAAAUGUUUUGUCUACUGAAGUUUUUAUUUUGUAGUCAUUCCACGCUUAAGCCUUAAACAUGCUUGUGAAGGUCACCUUCCCUCACAGUAAUCUUCCGUGUCAGAGGAUGGGUCAUGUUUAAAGGUGGACAAUUGGCUUCUUAGAACACGAAUCAUGAGGAGGUCAGAUGUAAUGUGAUAAAGUAGAUAAACAGCCUAUGUGUUUUGCCUAAUUAUUUUAUGUAAGUAAAAAAAAAAAAAAGAUUUAAGGAAAAAGUACUGUUUAUUGUUUGUUACUUACCACUACAUUGGUAUAAAAUCUUAUUAGAUCGUGUGUGUAUAUAUACAAAAAGGUUUUCUGGGUUUUUUUUCCCCCCAUUCUCCUUUUGGGUCACUUGUUUUAUUUUUUUCCUGCAAUCUCUUACACUAUAAGUUGUCCAUUAUCCCAUCUGCUCUCAGUCACUAUUUUCUGAUUUGUAUUUGUCUGGAAACGGUAACUUUUGAAUAAAAAUCAACACAUUUCA